AGCACACUUAAAAAUGCGAAGCAGACUAAGAGUUUUCACUCCAAAUAAAAGCCUUGUGGUCGAACGGAAAAUCCUACAAAAUCCACAACAACAAUCCUGACAAUGAAGCCCGAUGCGAUCCCAGCGAGCGAAAGGCGUCUGGCUUUUGUGGCCGAGUGGUACCACUCGGAGGCGGGAAUCAUCCGCACCUUUCUGAUCACAUAUUAUGUGUCCGACAAGGCGGUGGAAGUGUUUGACCAGCGUAACAAGCGCACCUUCUUGCGGCGCACUAAAAUACCGGAGUUAACGCAACGCGACUUUUUCGUGGGAUCUAAGAUCAAUGUGUUUGGGCGGCAGUUCGACAUUGUGGAUUACGCCGACGACACCACUCGCUCCAACCUAGCGAAAUACCGCAAGAAAGGUUUCGUUCUGCUCAAGAACAAUAUGUGGACUAAGCACUUGGGCAAGUUCAUCAAAACACUUAUCGAAAACAAGAUCAACAUAAACCAGGGAAUGAUGGUUCAGUUCUCCCCCAAGAUGGUCACCCGAUUCCUCUCCGGCAAGGACAAGAAGGAUGUCUCAUCCUCAGUGCUGAUGAACGAGCUGCUAGCCGGACCGGCGAUUAGCCUGGAGCUGAUUGGGGACAACGUGGUGGAGACUAUAAAGGCCUGCGCCCGUUAUAAGAGCUCGGAACAGGAGGCAUCUGAUAUGAAACUGUCGCCCAGCUUAGAGGAGCUGUGCGAAAGCGAGGAGAUUCGUUAUGGGUUUUACUACUCGGACACCGACGAUGACGUAGACAUGGACCUUAAGUUCUUCUUCGAAUCGAGGCACAACAUCAUUAAGGACUGUUUGUUCAAAAAAACUACGCUAGCCAUCAUUAAACCGCAUAGCAUCAAGGACGGUCUGCUGGGCGACAUUUUGACUGAGAUUUUGGCCAAUGGCUUUCGGCUGACGGCGAUGCGGAUGAUUCUAAUGGCUCGAAUCAACUGCGAGGAGUUCUACGAGGUCUACCGAGGGGUCCUGCCCGAAUAUAUACCCAUGGUGGCGCAAUUGGCCAGCGGCGUUUGCAUGUGCAUGGAGAUUUCCUGCACGGAUCCAGAAAAGAAUACGCAUACCGAAUUCCGCAACUUUUGCGGCCCAAUGGAUCCAGAAAUCGCCAAACUCCUACGUCCACACACUCUGCGCGCCAAGUUUGGCAAAUCGAAGGUGCAGAAUGCCGUUCACUGUACCGAUCUGCCGGACGACACCAAAUUGGAGUUGCAGUACAUGUUUAAGAUACUCGACUGAUUCCGCAACUAGUUUCAUAGUUGCAUAGCUUUUAUUUAUUUUCAGUUAAAUGUGUGUUUAUCUGUGUGCGUACCUUAAUAAAUUACAAGUGCAAUGGAAA